AUGCCUUUGUGUUUAUGAAAAAAGGUCAUCUUUUGAGUGGAUGAUGUGGAACUCGUUCUCAAGAAUAAUCAUCAGGUUGAUAGUACUGAAAUGUGUUAUUAAAGGUGUGUUUGUUUCUGUCAGAUGAUGUUGUUCAGCAGAGUCUUCAUUAAACUUCAAUAUUCUUCAUUCAGAGACGUGAGGUUCUGACCGCAGUGGAUCAGAGGAGGAGGAGCUGGGCUCAGAUGAUGCUGCAGGUGUAUAUAAGCGUCUCUGAGCAUCAGUGGAUCAGUCAAUCGAGAUGUCCGACUCUCUGCUGUCCGCGUGUGUCCUCAGUCUGCUGGCGCUCUCCGCGCUCUCGUCCGCCUGCUACAUUCAGAACUGCCCGCGAGGAGGAAAGAGAUCUCAGCCGGACGCCGUCAGACAGUGUAUGGCGUGUGGUCCGGGAAAUAAGGGCCGUUGUUUCGGCCCCAGUAUCUGCUGCGGAGCCGGUCUGGGUUGUCUGGUUGGAUCUCCAGAGACGCUGACCUGCAUGGAGGAGAAUCUCCUGCCCGGCCCCUGUGAGACGGGCGGGACGUCCUGCGGAGCCGAAGGGGGCGUCUGCGCCGCUCCGGGCGUCUGCUGCGACUCGGAGAGCUGCGUUCUGGAUCCACAGUGUUCUGAAGACGUCAGGUUUCAUCCGGCGGAAGACAGCAGCGGACUGAAGAGCGUUUCCGGAGAAAUGCUGCUGCAUCUGUUGAAUCUGGCCUCGAGGAGACAAAGACCCUUCUGAUCGUGAUCUGUGUCUGUAACUCAUUCACACGUGUUGCUCAACUCAACACUGUGUACAUACUGUAUGUAGUAAACGGACGUAAAUGUGAA